GGGACCUCGUAAGUGAACGACUCAAACCCAUUGUUACAGCAUAGAGAGCUGCAACUGUCAGGACCACUGAUGCUCGGUUCGCAUCUGCGCCCCCUGGUUCCCAGGAUAUUGUCUUCCGGAGAAGGAAUACAGAGGUUUGGAGUGUUUCUGAGGUGAACAGGGAAGUCGGGGAGUGCUUUUAUAUCGGGGUUUCCCGCGAGGUACAGGCUGG